GGCAAGCAUCUGCCGCCCAGCGUGUCGCCGCCCCGACGUCCGCGACGCGGCGCACCAGAUCAAAAGCGGCUGACACUAGGCCGCGGGCCAAACAAUAGAGCGCAUUUAACCGACGCGGUACUCGCUAUACAGUACUAGCGACAGUACUGCUCAGACCGUUCCCGACGCGGGAUACCCGAGGGACAACGCGACAGCUGAUGUGUGAAAGUGCACGUUAGAUUCACUUUAUUCUUUUCAACUUUCUCUGGUGUUACGGCCGAACGGUAAUGGAGAAAUCAGAGGAGGCGUGCGAGGUUGUUUUGCCUUUACGGCAGCAACCCUUGAAACAGUUGAACAGAAUCGCGAAGACGGCGCCAGUGGACGUCGAGUUUCAGGAUUUGACUUAUUCCGUGCCUGAUUCCUCCCAAAAAGGGGGAUGGAGACAACUGCUGCGUUCGGUGAACGGCAAAUUCCGUUCUGGAGAACUCACUGCAAUCAUGGGCCCUUCAGGAGCCGGAAAAUCCACGUUACUCAACAUCCUCGCUGGAUACGUGACUGCUGGUGUGAAAGGAAGCAUCAAAAUCAACGGAAAGCCACGAGAAAUCAAACUGUUCAACAAGCUUACUUCGUAUAUCAUGCAAGAGGACUUGGUGCAACCUAGGCUGAGCGUAAGGGAAGCCAUGGUUGUGGCUGCUAACCUGAAGCUAGGCUCCAAAUGUGGAAAGAAGGAAAAAAUGGCUGUGGUCGACGAAGUCAUCCAUCUCUUGGGUUUAGAAAAAUGUUACGAUACCAGGACUGAAUACUUAUCAGGGGGACAAAGAAGGAGGCUAUCAGUCGCCUUAGAAUUAGUGAAUAACCCACCAGUGAUAUUCUUAGAUGAACCUACUACGGGACUUGAUAACGUUGCUAUAAAACAGUGCAUGGAACUUUUGCAGAAAAUAACCAGGUUAGGAAGAACUGUCAUUUGUACCAUACAUCAACCACCUGCAUCUCUAUUCCAAAAUUUCGACCAGGUGUAUAUCAUGGCGAAUGGGUACUGUGUGUAUAAUGGUUCACCCUCCCAACUAGUGCCGUUUAUGUCUAGGGCAAACUGUAUCUGUCCUUCUACUUCUACACCAGCAGAUUAUAUCAUAGAACUAGUGCAGUCUAACCCAGAAAAUAUCCAGGUGCUCCAAAUGCACAUCCAAAAUGGCAAACUGAACAUGAGGGACACAGCGGAAAAGCCGCAGCAACUACCUCAUCCACUCGAGUAUGGCGUAUGUGAAAUAUAUCAAGAUACUACGCAAACAGGUAUUACGGGUCAUGACAUAGAGUCCCCCACCUCCUUUUGGUCGCAGUUCUGCAUAAUCCUAGGGAGAAUGUGCCUUCAGAUGCGACGGAACAAGAGUAUGCUUUACAUCCAAUUCUUCCAUCAUCUUAUAUCGGGCCUCCUGUUAGGAGGGAUAUUCUUCAAAACGGGAAACGAUGCUAGUCAAACCAUAUCCGUAUUCAAGUAUUGCAUUAGUAUUAACGUGUUCUUCAUGUACACAUACACCAUGGUUCCAGUGCUACUAUUUCCUUUGGAGGUACAGCUUUUGAAACGAGAAUACUUCAACAGAUGGUACAGCUUAAAGGCUUACUUCUUUGCUACAACUGUAUCAAACAUACCUCUUUUGGUUGUCCUUGGAAUCAUGUUCAAUACGAUAGUAUACGUGUUGGCUGAUCAACCGUUGGAGUGGGAACGCUACCUAUGGUUCAACGUCAUUGGUCUGGCAAUAGGCUUAUCUUCCCAGGGAAUGGGAUACUCCAUUGGAGCUUGCUUCAACAUUCUGAACGGUUCGGUGGUAGCCCCACAUCUACUCGCGCUACUAUUGGCUUUGUCAGUGUAUGGUAUGGGUUACCGCAACACCAUCGAGCCAUUCAUGAAAGUUAUGAUGUCAUUGAGUUACCUGCGCUUUGGCCUAGUUGGAUUUACCGGCAUCCUCUUCAACAACAGACAGCCUAUGGAAUGCGACGAUGUCUACUGUCAUUACAAGGAUCCACAGGUCCUAAUGGCUGACAUGGGUAUGAAGGGGACAUUUCCAGAACAUCAAUUCUACUUUAUUCUCGUAUCCCUGGUGUUAUUUAGGAUUAUAGCUUACAUAACCUUAAAAUACAGGAUGACUUCGGAAUUGAGGAACAAGCUUGUCCAUUAUGCAGCCAAAAUUGUGAAAAAGCAUAACGAUCCAUGAUGGAGAUCGUUCUUAAGAUUCAUUGAUACUAAUUAUAUAACUUGCCUCAGCUUUGAGGUCACUCCGGCCCAGUAUAUUUUACUAUGGCUAGCAUUUGAAAAAAAAAUAAUACGUAGAGGCUGACGAAAGGUUAGUCUCGGUAGUUGAUACGAUUUUGUCAAAGAUGAAACCACAUAACUAGAAAAGAUGGUAAACAAAAUUUUCGAUCAUGGCUCGUAAGAGUAGAAGAUUUCUCGUUUAAGCUCUUGAAAGUUGUGGUAGAAAAUAAAAUGAAAAAGCAUAGUAUUUUAUUUGAACCAUUUCUGAAUUUUAUUACGUCUUAUGGUGCACGACUUUUAAAGUCUCUCCAAGCUGCUUUCUAGUUCUGUGAGUGAUUAUAUCAACAGAGCCAGUAAACAGAAAACUGGAAGUUUUUGAAAUUGACUCAUACAAAGUUGUUCAAAAAACAUUUUACUACGGUAAUACUUGGUGUUCAUUUGAAUACAUCCCACCACGGAUCUAUUGAAAACCAAUUAACUUUUUAAUCAAAAACUACUCCACCCCUUCUCACCCUCUGGGGUAUCGAGUAAUAGCUUUUUUGAAAGGUCUUUCAAAGUCCUUUAUUUUGCCGUUUGACUUUUUAAAAUCGGUCGAUUCGUUUUCAAGAAAACCUAUGUUUAUGAACAGAAUGCGAAAUGAAAAUCGGGUUGUUAUUUGGUUGUUGCCACGUCUAAUCUUCCGAAAGGUAGUUUCCGUUUUUAAUUAUAAACGAAUUGUAGAUUUGGUGAACCCACACAACAUUUUGAACACUUUUUUAAAUAAAAAGUGAUAUUUUCGUGUGUUUUUGUCUUCUCUCUGAACAAAUUAAGUUAAAUAAAGCUUUUUCUAAUUUUCUCGAAAACGAGUCGACUGAUUUAAAAAAAUCAAAUGUCAAAAUAAAGGACUUCGAAAGACCUUUCAAACAAGGUAUUACUCGAUACCCCUUGUCAUUUAAAUUUUGAGUUGACCCUGGGGGGCAGACGCUGAGAGAGUGUGAAGUAGUUUUUUUCUGACAUGUCUCGGCGUUAUAUCUUUUAAUCAGUGAUUUUUUAUAAAUCCAUGGAGGGAAGUUUUCAAAUGAGCAUACUGUAUAUUAUAUACUGAGAUGUACUCAAGUCCAGCGACUUACCAUCUAAUUAGUAGGAGCUAGGAGCUCAUAUGAGUGUAUGAGUGAAUUUAACAUACUACCCGCGCUUAAAAUACUACGAUUUUUACUUAAAUGCUGAUGUAUACGUAGCAAUUGCAGUAUUACCGCCAUCAGAAGUAGAAGAAUCCAAGUCUAGAUUCAAAACAAUACAACACAUGUGUUUCACUCAUAAAUUAAUACCAAUAAAAUUUUAGUCUUGGGUUGAAGUAUCUGUUGUCUCAUAUUACCACUAACAGUGUCGUAGAAUUAGAUCCAUACUUUCUUGUAUUUUUUUUUUCGUAUAUAAACAGGUGCGACCUUUUUGUGAGAUUUUUCAAACUCUUAUACAAUUCUAGAGUGUACAUAUGAUGCACUCGUAUGGCGUAUCCUCCUUGCCUGUAUUUUUGGACAAUUUUAGUUUAUAUUUGUUUUCAGCUGGACAAGGUCCAUAUAAGGAUAUGAAUCAUAAUUAAAAAUAUGAUAGAAACACACUCAAUUCCCGUUACAAAAUUACACAAUUUAAGUUACCUAUGUUCAGGAAAUAUUAUAUAAUUAAGUUUGUAUAUAUUUUUCCUAAAUGGUCAAUAGGUUUUAGAGAGAAAUGUGAUAUCGUAGGUUUAGUAUUUUUAUAACGAUGCAUUGAAUAAAAC